AUGGAACCUCAAGCGGUACCGGUGGUUCCGAUUUCCGUCUACAUUGGUGGAACUAUGCUCAAUUUCUUCUUGCUCUAUGUCUACUGGCACUGGUACUGGCACGUGGCAAGCCUCUGGGGAUCGGCCGUGAAAGUACGUCUGGGCCAAGUCGUUCGCAAUGCCAACAAUCGCUCCAGAAGGGACAAACCGAGGAUUCCGAGGGAAGAUAUGAGUUUUUUGCAGCCGCUUGAUGUCGACAAACUGCACGAUUCAACGGUCAUUCCGAAUGGUUCCACGGUGAAGUCGACGAGGAGAGGUACUUUGAGUCGGAAUGACACCAACGUGUCGCAAGUUUUCGAGGAAGUUGAAGCAAAGAUGAACGGCAAACUGGUCAAUGGCGCUUUGAAGAACGCAGUUACGCAGCCGCCGACAAAAAAGUCGGAGGCACUGCUGGAAGUGCCGGCAACGUCAAAGAUGGUCCGUGCCAGAUAUCCACAGGAACCGCCGGUGUUACGGGCAAUGGCAAAACGCGAGAAGGACGAGACGGCCACGAAGCCGAAUGGAGCAGCGAAACGAGCCAUGUACAGGCAGAGGCGACCCAGCAGGGAGCUGUCCACAGAAAGGGAACCGCCUCAGACGCAGGCCAAGCGACGACCGAUUCCCAUCGUGGCGUCUGAAGCCGAAGAGGCCAGCGCAGCUCUGUCAAAUUUAACGCAGGAACCACAACGGCUUCAACCGAAUGGCGGCAUACCAAACCAGAAUACGUCAGAGCGCCGACGUUCCACCGUAACAAUCAACUCCGAUCCUUUAAUCAUUCCACCGACGACAAAUUCGGAGGAAGGCGCAACGCCGAGCCCUCCCCCGCCGCCGAUCUACGCAACGAGGUUGACGGAGGAUGCCUACGAGAAUCGAAUGCUCAGGGUCCAGGAAAAGAAGCGGCACCCUCCCAAGCCCAAAAACAAGCCGCACAAAGGGACACCACGACGGCGUUUACCAAGGACGCCGAGUGGGACGCCAGCUGGGGAGAUCCCACGACCAAAAUUCUACUUGCCAAAUUCCGAAUUGUAG